AUGCGUCGCGCGAUCCGCGCGCGCGAGCUCGACCCGACCGCGCGCCUCGGCGCGCGCGGACGCGGCGACGUCGACGCCCCGCCCACGGUCUCCGGCCGCGCGCCGCCGCCGACGCGCCGCCACGAGAGCGACCUCGCGUCCUGGGCGGAGGCGGACGCGCUGCGACACUGCGUCGCGUCGUACAGCGAGCUGCGACCGCCGCCGCGCUCGACGAUCGCCGCGGCGUUCUCGCCCGACGGCGAGACGCUCGCGAGCACGCACGGCGACCACACCGUGAAGCUCAUCUCCGUGCGCACGGGCGAGUGCGUGCGCACGCUCACGGGCCACCGACGCACGCCGUGGGUCGUGCGGUUCCACCCCACGGACGCCAACGUGCUCGCGAGCGGAUCGCUCGAUCAUGAAGUGAGGAUCUGGAAUUCAACGACGGGCGCGUGCACGCUGUGCUUCGACUUUGGCAAGCCGAUCGCGAGCCUGGCGUUCCACGCGGUAGGGGACGUCCUCGCGGUCGCGAGCGGGCACAAGCUGUACACGUGGUGCUACGCCAACGCGUUCGCGGGAAGGGGGCGCGACGACGACGCGGACCCGGGCGCGGGCGCGACGGUUGAAAACGGAAACGCGGGCGACGCGCGUCCGAACGCGAACGCGAACGCGACGGACGCGUGGACCGGGUCGUUCCCGACGCGCUCGCGCGGCGCGGAGAACGCGAGCGGCGACGCCGGCGCGAGCGGGGACCUCGCGAGGGUGCCGUGCAUAUCGCUUCGCACGCGGCGGUCGCUGCGGGCGGUGCACUUCCAUCCGCACGGCGCGCCGCUUCUGUUGUCCGCGGAGGUGAACGAGACGUCGGAGCACGAUGUCCCGCCGCUUCGCGCGAUGACGACGCCGCACCGCGCGGGGGAGCGGGAGACGGCGUACGCCGCGGCGUUGUCCGCGGCGGUGGCGGCGACGGCGGAGCAGCGCGCGGCGGCGACGCCCGACGGCGGGGGGGUCGAGGAGCCGCGGACGACGUACGUCGCCCCGCGCGCGUGCACCCUCGGCGUCGGCGUCGAGACGUGCGACGCGAUGGAUUCGGACGCCGUGGAGGCGGUCUCCGCCGGUGGCGCGGGCGACCAGCCGUGCACGGUGAAACUCCGUUUGUGGCCUUACGACCACGCGAACCCCCUCGUGCCUCUGACGGGCGCGCGUCUGACGAUCCCGCACGCGGUGUUGUGCUCCGAGAUGGGCGCGCACUUCUCUCCGUGCGGAAAGCUCCUCGCCGCGUGCGUCGCGUGCGUCCCGGUGGGCGCGGACGCGCCCGUGCCCGGCGUGGCGAUCCCUAACCUCGUGUACGAGCUCCGGGUGUACUCGUUGGAGUCGCGGAAUUUCGGCGAGGUGCUCGCGGCGCGCGCGGUGAGAGCCGCGCACUGCCUGACGUCCAUACAGUUCUCGCCGACGUCCGAGCACGUCAUGCUCGCGUACGGUCGACGCCACUCGUCGCUCCUGCUUCUCGUCGCCGACGGCGCGUCGUGCGUGACGGUGCACACGAUUCUCGAGGUGUACCGCGCGAGGGACAUGUCGUUGGCGCGCGUGCUGCCGAGCGCGGAGGACGAGGUCAACGUCGCGUGUUUCCACCCAUCGCCCGGCGGCGGGCUCGCGUACGGCACGAAGGAAGGGAGGCUGCGGAUCAUGCGUUACGACCGCGGCGGAGGACACCGCGCGCCGGUGCGGCCGCUCGCGUUGGGGCGGUGCUUGGAGGACGAGCUUCUGGAGGUUUUAGACUGGUCGGGCGCCAACGCGGAGGGUCUGAGCGACGGGGACACGGACGAGAGCGGCGACGGCGGCGGAUCGGGCGCGCCGUGA